AUGUCUCAAACAGUUCGUAAUUCUUCCAAAGAUGAUGAACGACUAGAUCAUCAUACUCCAAUUUCUCCUGAAUAUCAAUUUGAAAAGCCAGCGAUUGAUUGUCUAUUAGAUUAUAUAUGGAAUCAAGAAGCUAGAAAACCGGCAAUUGAUAAAUUAAUUCAAGAAUAUUUAGAAAAUAUUGGUAGUCCAUUAACAAAUUAUUCCUCAUCAUCAUCUAUUAUACCUCUUAUGGGAAAUGAUAACAAGACUAUGGCAAGUACAUAUAGUCAACAAAUACAAACUCCUACUCGAACCAUUCAACAUUAUCAAUCAGCUUCAUCUUUUUUUUAUACACCAAUGACUUCAGGUAAUGAUUCAAAUGGUUACAGUAAUAGUCAUUAUGAUUUUCAACAUACUGCUUCAACACCUUUACUUCGACCACAUUCAACGCGAUCAUAUCAUUCAUCGUCUACACCAAUUGAUGGAAAUACACCAUACAGUCGAAUAUCAAUUUCAUCAGAUCAAGAUAUUCGAAUAGUUGAUCGAUUUAUUAAUGAAUAUAAUAGUAAAGAUAUUCGUUUAAAACGAGCUGCUGCUCAAGAACGUCGACAAGCAACUCGACAUUUUGGAAAAGUUCAACCAGGUUUGAUAUGGACAUCACCAUUACCUGUUCGACCACGAACAUUUUCUAUAAGACCACCAUCAUUGUCUUGCAAGAUAUUUCUUGGUGGUAUUCCACAUGAUCUUAAUCCUAGAGAUUUACAAGAAUGUUUAGAAAGUUUUGGAUCAGUUCGACUAGAAUGGUCCAAUAUGGAUAAUAUACCUAUGCAUAGACAUUCAUCAAAUAUUACUACUGGUUUUGCUUAUGCUAUUUAUGAAAAUGAAGAGUCUGUUCAUCAAAUUUUACAUAUAUGUUCAACAAAAACUGAUCGAUCAUUAGAUGAUGGUCGAUGUGAAUAUUAUCUUGAUGUUUAUAGUCAACGAACAACUUUACGCAGAAAAAGUAUUCAAAUUAUUCCAUGGUUUGUAGAAGAUUCACAAUGUUUAGCCGAAGGUGAUAGUUAUACAAAUUGGGAACAACGACUUGGUUCUACUGAAUGUAUUAAUCGAACAGUAUUUGUUGGCGCUUUACAUGGAAUGAUGACUGCUUAUGCAUUGGCUCGAAUAUGUCAAGAAUUAUUCGGAGAUGUGGAAUAUGCAGCUAUUGAUACUGAUAGAAAUAAAUAUCCUAUUGGUUCUGGACGUGUUGUAUUUGUAAAUGCACAUAGUUAUUAUGCAGCUGUUACCGCUAAUUAUUUAAUGAUUGAAUGUGAUAAAUUUUGUAAAGUGAUACAAAUCGAUCCAUAUUUAUCAGAUAGUGUACCUUGUGCAGGUGCUAAUGGACAAUGGUGUUCAAAUAUGGGACAAUUUUUUUGUCGUUCACUUAAAUGUAUGAAAUAUUAUUGUGCAAUAUGUUGGGAUUUAAAUCCUAAUCAUACGAUAACACAAACGCAUACCAACAAUAAUAAUAUUGAAUGUGAACCACCAGCUUUAAUUCAUAAACCAUUAAUGCGUAAUUCUCGAACUUCAUAA